AUGCCUGUGCCUGCGGCAUAUAAAAUUUUCUUAAAACAAGCCAAAGAUGGAUUCCAGAAGAUAGACAAAGAUCUAGAGGAUCUGUCGAAGGAAAUCACAGCGCUCCGAACUGUGAGCGACCUGAUCAAGCGUAGCUUCGAGACCGAUCUUGCUGGAAACACGAGUUCCGGUGAUAAUCAGAUUGUUGUCAAUCUGUGGCAAGCAACUCGAAUCACUCUGGCAGGCUGUCAAGACAUAGUGGAAAGGUUGAAUGCAUUGAUAACCACGGUUUUGGGCACUGGAGGCCCGAAACACGUUAAAUUCAACAACAUACGGAAGUACCUGAAGCAGCAAUCAAAGGACGAUGAGUUCGUUACAUUGCGCCAGAAACUCGGGGCCCACUCUAUAGCCCUGCAGACGAGUCUAGCAGCCGUGAAUGUUAUCUAUACUCGAAAUUCACAAUCGACGUCAAACGAGUCCUUUUCAGAGCUAUCACAGAAGAUUCAAAACCUAGGCGCCGACUUGCAGACGAAAAUCAACUCUUUGCAAUCAGGUAUCGAAGCAUCCGCGGAGAUAAGUCUCGAUAAAGCUGUUAGAUCCGCCCAAAAUGUGGUGCCACUCGCAUCUCUCAACAAGCACUUUUAUACUCCCCAGACUGUGAGCAGCAUCUUUACCGGUCGGGCCACCGACCUAGAUAAUAUGAGAAGUUGUCUCCUGGCUCCAGCGUCUACCAAUCAACUCCAUGCACAGAAGCGGUUUGUGUUAUUCGGCCUACCAGGAUCAGGCAAGACGCAGUUCUGUUGUAAAUUUGCCUCCGAUAACAAGCAAAGCUUUUGGGGAGUCUUCUGGAUCGAUGCGAGCUCUAAUGAGCAUGCCAAACAAUCUUUCUCGACUAUUGCAAGGAUCGGAAGAGUUGAGCCGAACGAACGCGCUGCAAAAAAUUGGCUUUCAAGUCUUGGUAAAGAGCAGCCGUGGCUAUUGAUCAUUGACAACGCCGAUGAAAUAAGUUUUCCGGUCGAGGAAUGUUAUCCGGAUGGUAGUUGUGGUAUCAUACUCAUAACGACGAGAAACCCUAUCCUCAAGGUCCAUGGCACGAUUGGUCCUCGUUACUACCAUUUCGGUGAGCUAAAGGAGACUGACUCGAUUCAACUCCUCUUGAGAGCGGCCGAUGAACCGUUACCAUGGUCUCCAUCCACCCUAGAGUCUGCAAAGGACAUAUGCAGGACUCUAGGCUAUCUGCCCCUGGCUCUUAUGCACGCAGGGAAGACAAUUCUUGCCCGUCAGUGUACACUAGAGAACUAUCAGAGUUUCUUCGAAAAGAACUGGACUCGCAUCAGGAAAAUGAAAAGUUCGAAUGACGCACGUCCUGUAUCGGAUGCAAAUGCCGCUAUCUAUUCAAGCUACGAACUCAUACAUGAUGGAAUCGUGGCUAAGGGGACGCAAGCUUCAGAGGACGCACUAGACCUGCUGAAAAUAUUUUCCUUCCUUCAUCGUCAACGCAUUCGAAUAGAUAUAUUCUUGCGUGCGGCAUCGAACCCAAAACUAGAAAUGCUGGAACAAGAACGACGAGAACAAGACGAAAAGAGAAUCAGCAUUGACAAAACACCGAAUGUUCCCUGGACCCAGACCUUCAGAACUUUUGGCCUCGAGAUCCUCGCCUUCUUGUUGAGACUGGGCCACCGUCCCGCUCUACCUCGGAUGCUCAGCGGUGCCCUUGGGUCAAAGCAAUUUGAUGAGUUGCGCCUCCGUGAAGCACUGAAAGAGCUCUUUCAGAUGUCUCUGGUUUUUGCGAAUCCGGACCCAAAAGACGACAGUUACUCCAUGCACCCGGCGGUCCAUCUAUGGGUGAGAGAGAGACCGGAGAUGACAAUUGCAGAUCAAGCCGUAUGGUGCCAAGUAACAGCGACUAUACUUACGCAAGCCAUUCUGCUCCCCCCAUUGGGUGACAAGGAGGAAGAUGAGAUACUUCGAAGGGACCUACUUCCGCAUGUCCGUCAUGUGCAGAAGAAUGAGCACGUAAUUCGGGCAAGAUUCUUGGAGAACCUCGAGUCUAGGAGAAGAAUGUGGCCGGUCUUACAGCCGCGGCUUGAUCGGGAGCGAGCAUUACAGCUUGUCAAGUUCAGUCUGGUAUACUCGCAAUGCGGCCUUUUCGAAGCAGCCGAGAAGCUGCAAUUACAAGUAGCAGAAUUUGCCAUCAAGAUGUUAGGUAUGGAGCAUACCACUACGAUGGACAUCCUGCUAUUGUUAUCAAGUACCUAUUGGCAGCUGACGCGGAUCCAAGAAGCUGCCGACCUGCAACAACAGGUCUUGGAAGCAUGCAUCAACGUCCGUGGUCAAAACGACUUGAAAACACUCAAGAUCAUGGAUGCAUACGGCUCCAGUCGAUGGCAGCAAGGGCGUAUCCCGGAAGCGCGGAAAAUACAUGACACUGCUGUCGGGGGCUUCAAGAAGGUGCUUGGCAACAAUCAUGUCGACACGUUGAGGGCUAUGGGUAACCUCGGCCGAGCGCUUGGAAAGGACUUCAGAUUCACAGAAGCUAUCAAGGUACAUACGAAGGUCGUCUCUGGUCUUCGCGACCAGCUUGGCCAUUCCCACUUGGAUACUCUCAUCGCCAUGGACAACCUAGCCAUGGCUUACUUCGAUAGAGCAGCGUAUGGAUUCGGCCAUCGUGGGGAUCUCGAUCAUGCAGUCCAGAUUGAACAAGAUGUCUUCGAGCAACGCAGGGGAAAGCUCGGGAGAGAGCAUAUCUAUACUCUCUGGGCUGGCCUGAACCUUGCCCGUAUCAAGGCCCUUCGCGGCGAGAUCGACGAAGCAUUAGCAAUAUUCCUCCCCGGGCACGCGAUCGCAAGGCGGAAUCUUGGCGAAACUCAUUUUGGCGUUCUUUUUGCGAAGGUGCACCAUGGCCGUAUUCUCAUCUACGCAAAGAAGUAUAAAGAAGCGGAGGUCUUACUAUCGGAAGUCAUCGAAUCGCACCGAGGGCCACGCAAAGGGCAUCCUGAUCGAUUGCUUGCCAUCUUUUCUCUGAUAAAGUGCCGCAACCUGUUGGGUAAACAAACGGAGACUACGGUCCUUCUUGAAGAGCUUACGGAAUCCACUAAAGCGCUCUUUGGUGAUGAUCAUGCCUGGGUCAAAUAUCUGCUCGACCGGCAUAAUCUGUCGAAAGAGCCGGAUGAGGAUAAUUCCUCCCCAAUAGACCCAAUCAACACGGCCCCCGGAAGCAUCGGUCCAAUUGCAAAUUUAAUCCCGGUAGCCAUGAUCGCUAAAUAUGGGCACAUAUAG